GAAACCGGCCUCGGUACGGCCGCCUCAACCGCCUCCUUCCGACCAUAGGCCGUCUGUAAGAGGGAUCUUGAUUGAACUAAGAAAUAUCUUCCAGAAGCUAAAAGGGGUACCCUGAGCAAUUGCGAUAAUCGGGUUCGUCGAGGUUAAGCCGAUUGUUGAUGAUGCUUACACAGGAGGCAAUGCUGCAGCUCAAAAGUACGCUGCAAAGUUUGACAAAGUUGUACCAAAAAAGAUGUGAAUGUGUCUGAUGUUUGAGACUCAAAGUUGCUUUGCACGGCUAGUUCAUUGCAAAUGCAGUAGCAAGACAAGUGUUUGAUGUGGCAUACUUGUCGAUCUUUCCCUUUGAAAGUAUCCUUUACCCCUCUUCUACUGUUCUUGGCCUCAGCUCCUCCUUUGCUUCGCCUUGGCAGUAUGCACACUCGUACUACUUCUAGAGUUGUCAGAGACGAAGUUGCUGCUCUCAGAACCGUCGGUGAUGCCUUGUCUUGCUUCGAUAGGAUGACUCAGCUGCAGCCUCUGCCUCAUGUUUUUGAGUUCUCUCGUCUGCUAGGGGUGCUGUUGAGGAUGAGAUACUACUCCGAGGUGAUUAGUUUGAUAGAACGCAUGGAUGUGUUAGGGCUUACUGGCCAUAUCUCUGUUUGGAGUAUCCUAAUAAAUUGCCUUUGCCAUCUCAAGAAUGUUGGUCUCGCGUUUUGUGCUCUGGGUAAGCUCAUUAAACUUGGGUUUCAACCUGAUCUGGUGACUAUGACCACGUUGAUCCAUGGGCUCUGCAUUGAGGGUAAGAUUUCGAAAGCAGUGGUACUAGUCGAUGAGAUGGUGAAGAUGGGAUAUGAACCCAAUGCAGUUACAUAUGGAGUAAUUAUAAAAGGUCUAGUGAGGACAGGCAAGACUGAUUUGGCGGUCGGACUGAUCACUGAGUGGGAGUGUGUAAACGGCAGGUUGAGUACAGUGACCUACAACACCGUAAUUGAUGGACUUUGCAAGGAGGGACGGUUAAUGGAGGGUCUCAGCCUCUUCAGCAGAAUGACCGACAAAGGUAUUCCACCCGACAUGUUCACUUACAGCUCUUUGAUUCAUGGCCUAUGCUGCUCAGGCCUGUGGAAAGAGGCAGUUGCUUUGUCAUAUAAGAUGGCUGCUAAGGGUUUCCAAUCAGAUCUACUGAUUUAUAGCUCCUUGGUCCACUGUGCAUGCCAGCUAGGUCAGUGGAGAGAAGCUGACACUUUGCUGAAGCAAAUGCUGAGAGAGGGCAUACAACCUAAUGUUGUUACUUACACUGCUUUAGUUCAGGGUCUUUGCAAUGUGGGUCAAUGGUGCGAGGUCCAAAGACUAUUGCAUGAGAUGGUGCAGAGGGGAGUACUUCCAAAUGUUAAUACAUACAAUAUUUUGGUGGAUGCACAUUGUAAGGAGGGGCUGCUUCCUAAAGCAGAACAUAUUUUCAAGAUGAUGGCUCACAAAGGUAUAGAGCCAGAUGUAGUUACCUAUAAUGCAUUGAUGGAUGGCUAUUGUCGUCAGGGUUUCAUGGAUAAUGCUGCCAUAUUAUUCGACUUGAUGAUUGAAAGGAGGUGCUCUCCUGAUGUGUUUACUUAUAGUAUAUUGAUCAACGGUUAUUGCAAGGCUAAACAAGUGGAUAAAGCAUCAUUCCUAUUUCGAGAAAUGCUUGGCAAAGGGUUGAUUCCUAAUGUUGUGACAUACACCACUCUAAUAGGUGGCUUCUACCAAAUUGGAAACUCUCAUGUUGCAGAGCAGUUAUUUUACGAGAUGCAAGCUGCUGCGAAACAACCGGACCUUCAAGCCUAUGCAGUAAUGUUGAAUGGCUUAUGUAAAGCAAAACAAAUGGAUAGUGCAAUGAUGCUAUUUCAGCAUAUGAAAGACCAUAAGUUGGAGCCCAAUGACGUGAUCUACAAUAUCCUCCAAAAUGGUUUGUCCAACAUUGAGAAACUGGCAUGCUCACAAUAAUUCCAUAAAAGGAGAAAGACUAGUGCCCGGCACAGACUGUCAACACUACAGUCUAAAUCGAAUUACGGACUAUGAUGCCUGCAGGAUCAAAGAUCAAGAGUUUGACAACACUUGGGGUCGCAGAGGGAGGCAAAAAAGCUGCGCUAAAAAGUAUUGCUGGCCUUCAGGCUGAUAAUGAUGUUGUUCGACAUGAAUUUAAGAGGAGGGUCAAAACGGCAGAUCGGAGAAUCAUCUCUCCUGCAAUGACCUCUAUUGUAACUUUUCUAUCUCUGGGAACGUAAAGUUUGGAAGCUCCCAAUCGGUCUUACAGAUCUUCAGUUUGUACACCUGAUCAUCUUACUAAGAAGAUUGGCCAGAUUGCUUGAUUUGUGUGCGUGUUGGGGUGGGGGUGGGUUACCUCUUGAAAGUUAAAAUAGAUUGUCUUGGUUUAUGAGAGGAAAAUUGUACACUGACUGGUUUGGAAGCGCAGAUAUAAAUCAAAACAUUGUCUCUUUACUUCUUUCACGCUUCCAAAUGCAAGUCAUCGAUUUUCAUAUAGCAAAGAGUGAGUUGCCUGAGUGGCAUUAAUCUUCUCCAUGUUCUGGAAAUCACCAGAGACGGAAACAAAGCAAGCCCAGGAGCUGCUCGACCGAAGCAACAGACAAUUGCUUGAAUUUGAAGAAACCUGGUUUGAGAAGGAGCUUCACAGAUAAGUAACCGUAGGCAGCAUUUCCAGGAAUCAAAUUUGGCAUGCUGCAGUUUUCUAUGUUUUGUAGUGCAUGCAUAUUGGUUCGUACAAUACCUUGAAGGGAGAUUUAGUACUUUGUCUUCAUUGGUAGAGCCGGAAUAUAACUUUUGUUAGCUGGUGUAAUGUCGUGGAAGAGUGUUGGUCGGUCAGAUGAUUUUCGGUGUAAGAACAGUUACUUACUUCUGCCAGUGAAGCAUAAUUUUCCUUCGAACGAGUA